GCACCCCAGAAUGCAUAUCAGAACAGGGCUGAUGGAUGCCCAUCUCUACUGUCUGAAGAAAUAUGUGGUAGACUUCCUUGUAGAAAACAGGACAAUCACAUCUCUCCGCAGUGAACUGAUUCCACAUCUGAUUAGGAGACAGUUCUCUUCUCCUACAUCAUUGCAGCAAGGACUAGACAACAAAGAAGAGGACCAAAAGAAAAAGGAACAAGCAUCCCUAGACAUUUAUAGUUUCAUAAAGGAAGAUAAUAGCUUGCUGAAACCUGCUCCAGAUAACUCUUGUUGGAAUGAUCAUAGAGGAGAUAUGAAUGAAACUCUCCAUGAAGGAAAAGUGCGCUGCUACGUCCAUAUAAUGAAAGAGGGACUGUGCUACCGAGUGAAUACUCUUGGGUUGUAUAUUGAAGCUAAUCGACAGGUUCCCAAGCUAUUGCUUAAUCUGGGUCUGGAAGAGCCACUGGUUCAUGGAUCUGCACAGAUCACUGAUAAAGGCAUGGUUGGAUCGGACAGCAUCAUUGGGUCAUCCACCCAAGUGGGAGAGAAGACAUCCAUUAAACACUCUGUCAUCGGCAGCAUGUGUACCAUAAAAGACAAAGUUAAGAUAACAAACUGCAUCAUCAUGAAUUCUGUUACAAUUGAGGAAGG